UAAAAUCGAAAGUUCAACUUUUAUCUGUCUCUUUCUAGCGUUUGAAGCGUCUAAGAAACACCGAAUUUAGCAUGUGGUUGGAGGCUGAGGAUAAGUUAAGAAGGAGAAAUUGAAUAUAAAUUGGUUGUAUAGAUAAUGGCUUCAAAUGGAGAUUUAGAUAGCUGGAACCCUAUGAAGGAUGACCAUCUAGAUGAAGAAUUUAACAAAUAUGACAGAGGACACGGUAAAAACAUGCCAAAGAGGGGCCCAGACCGUUAUGGUGGUGUGUCCUUGUAUGUCACCGGAAUUCCAGAUGAAAUGACAGAAGAAGGAUUGGUGAAUUUAUUUAGUAAGGCUGGCACUUGUGUGGAAGCAAAGAAAAUGAAGUCCAAAAUGGAAGGGACUGGGAAUACGUAUGGAUUUGUCAAGAUGGCGACAGUCAAUGAGUGUGAGAAAGCCAUUCGUAAAUAUCACGAAUUUCCCAUCGGCGACAACAAAUUGAGAGUCAAGUUCUCUAAAACAGACGAAGAUAGAAGUCGACAACAGAAGCAGAAACAGGAGGAGGAGGAGUUCCUGAAUUCGUUGAGCAGUAACAGGAAGUCACAGCCCCGCAGUAAAGCCAGCUCAGGCUCCGAGUCAGACGGCAGUGCUCACUUCAUGAGCAGGUCAGGGGAGAAAAUCAUGUUUGGAAAGAACAAAGUGAAUGAAAGCCCUCCGACCUUGCAAGAAGCUCCAGUGAAGAAACCAGUAGGAAAUGGGAGACCUGGCUUAUUGGGGGAUUACCCAGGAGAGGAGAAACCUGGAAUAUUGGGGGAGUACCCAGGUGCCCUGAGUCAGGUGUCCCCAAGGUCAUGUGCAAGGUCAGAUGUCUCCACCCCCAUUGAUCCCUCUCUUUUUCAUUCUCCAGGAAGCAGCCACCUGGACAUGAAAUUUCAGUCCCUGGGGUGGGGGCAAGCCACCAGCCCUAAUCAGAACGGUGUCGAGUACCAAGGCAGUGCCCCUCAGGAUUUCUACGAGAGAAAUCAACAUCCGGGAUAUGUAGGGGAACCAAACGCAGGCAUACGAAUAGUGUCGGACGGAGAACAUAGACACGUUCAGCAGGGAAUGGGGAGGGAUAACAUGAGGGGCUCCCCAAGGGGAAAUUUUAGGGGAAGGGGUAAUAUGGGCUAUAACAACAUGGGAAGGGGGAAUUAUAAUAGAUAUCCGGAUAACUACCCAAUGUAUGGCAAUCGAGGUAGAGGAAUGAUAGGGCCCAGAGGUAGGGGUAUGAAUUAUAAUAAUAGAGGGGGGCCAUGGGGGUACACGGAUAACCAGACAGGGAAUUACCAGGGAGGAUACAGAAACCAGGAGCCUUAUUACAACAGACAUCAGGGACCCCCUUACAGUGCCAGAGGCUUCAGGGGGGCAAGAGGUCAGCCAAACAGGGGCAGAGGUGGUCAGUUUACGCCUAGACAAGAAAAUAGGAUCAUGGAUCGUCCAUGUGCCAACUGCAAGAAGAUAGGGGGAUUCCAGUGCAGUCGCUGUAAGACGCCUUACUGCUCCCAGCAGUGUCAAGCAGACCACUGGCCGGAACACAGCCAAAACUGCAGAAACAUCAGUCAGUUUGAGGUGACCAUUGGAGAUGAUGAUGUAGCAGAGGAAAUGAAAUCCUAUGCCAAAAGUAUUGUACAGGAGCAGUACGGCUCUGUAAGUGGUUGUGCAAAAUCCCCCCAGUCUAUGUCACGCCUAACAGAGCUACUCGGAGUCAGCCAUCCCCCAAACAGAGUGAUUAUGUCAUUGCUGAAGGGAGUCCAGACUUUUAUUAAAAUCUUUAGUCAACAAACAGUGUAUCCCACAGGUUACUUUCACAUACGGGUAAAACAUAACGGCACUACCUUGUCAAGUGUACAGCCUCAAGGAAAGAGAAAGUCUGCGCCAUCACCUUCCAACAGAAUUGCUACAAACAGUCUAGAGAUUAGCAAGGAAUAUGAACUGUUAGUGGUGGGUGUGGAGGACCCCAGUAGAAUUGUCGUCCAGCUGCUGUCUGAGGAACUGACGAAAUUAUCGGAGCAAGAUGCUGAAAUGAAAAUGGUGCUAGACAAGGACAAUCAUGCUGUAUCAGACCCAGCGGUAGGGGAGUUCUACGCUGGACAGUUUAAUUUCUGUCGAGUGGACGCCCACGAAUCUGACCACCAGGUCACUGUGAGCUACAUAGACUAUGGCAACACAGAGACAAUCCCCUACAACAAACUGAGGAAUCUACAACCACAGUGGUGUUCACUGCCGGGACAGGCAAUAGUGUGUGCGUUGGAUGGAGUGGUUCCUCAUAUGGACUCCAAGUUCUGGAGCCAGCAGGCAGUGGACACCAUUAAACAACUGUUACCUCUAACCAUGGAGUGCGGGAGGAUGUACAAGGUGACCUGUACUGGAAAAGAGGGAGAUACCACCUUAAUUAAAGUGCUGGAUGCUAAUGGACAAGACGUCAGUGAGACCCUCGUAACCUCGGGCUUGGCAUCGAUUAAAAGCCAGAAAACCCAGGCUGUAGGACCACAGUUCAUAAGUAUUGAUGCCAAAGAAAUUGACAAAAUGGAGAAUUGGAUCAGUGGUCAGAAGUAUGAUGUGCUAAUAGCUGAGAGGGACAGCCCGCUAGACUUCUGUGUCCAAAAAUUGGAAGACCUCAGCGAAAAAAUCACUCCAUACUGCAAAAAAGUCAAUGAAGAAUGUAUGGCUAUACCUACAGAACAAUAUCAUCCUAAAGGAGUUGGGGAGCUAGUGUAUGGUCUGUAUGACUCUAAUUGGUACCGAGCCGAAGUCCUCAGCCUGUCUGACCAGAAGGCAAAGAUUUACUUCAUCGAUUUCGGAAACACUGAACUGGUUCCCUUCAGAGAUCUCAGGCAGGCCACCAGUCUCUGCCAGGAGCAGCCACCUUUCUGUAUUUGCUGUGAACUGGUAGGAAUAGACCCAGAAGGAGCGGCCAAAGCUAACGAGUUAUUUAACGAACUUACACACAAAAAUGAUCCCAAAGUGCUCACUAUGAUUUACAAAGGCAGGAGAAGGGAUAAAGCGGUUGUGGAUUUCUUGACAGACCACGAGGAACUUGUGUCUGUGGCAAUCUCAAGGUUCUUAGCUCAGGCUCUGGUAGCUGCACCCGUAAUGGCAGGUGAUAUAAAGAAUUCAUACUUACCUGAAGAUGGGACCCCUGUUACCUGUGUCAUCAUGUUCAUCACGUCUCUCUCUUCGUUUUAUGUGCAGUCUGCCAAAAAUGACGUUGAAAAAAUCAUGAGUGAAAUCGCCGAGAUCUGCUCCAGGGAUUCUGUGCCCUAUACACCGAAGGCUGGAGAAAUGGUGUUUGGGAAGUUCUCUGUUGAUGAGCGCUGGUACAGGGCCAAAGUGUUGGGAAUAUCUGGUGACGAGGUCGUUUUAUUAUAUACAGAUUUUGGCAAUGUGGAAACAGUGACCAAAAAUGCUGUGAGGAGAUUUCAUCCCGCCUUAAUCAAGUAUCCACACCAGAGUAUUCACUGCACAUUAGCAUUGGUGACCAAAUCCAUGGAAACUCAAGAAGUGCUUCAGACAUUUGGAACCUUGUACAACUGUACGGUGCAGAUUAAACUUAAGGGCUCAAGUAACAAGGACCCAUUAGAAGUAGAUGUUUUACUGGAGGAUGGUAGUAAUGUAAAUGAAACUAUUGUAAGCAUGUUUUCCUCGCAAGCAAGCCCAGUUGUAACUAGUCCUAAAGCAAAAGAGACAGAAUUACCGACCAAGCUCCAGUUCCAGGAGGCACCUGUUCCCUUGGAUGGAAGCCAGGUGGAAUGUACAAUGACGGAAUUUCAUAGCUUUGAUUCAUUUUAUUUGCAAAUCAAUGAAGUUCAGGCGCUUGAAAACUUGAUGACUGAACUGCAGAAUUUGAGUAAAGAACCAACUCCCUAUCAACCUGAAGUUGGAGAGGAUGUGUGUGCUUUGUUCUCUUUAGACAGUAAAUGGUACAGGGCACGAGUGGUUGAGAAGACGACGGAACAGGAUUCCUAUGUUGUGUUAUUUGUAGACUAUGGAAACAAAGAACAAGUCACAUCCAAUGAAAUCCGGAAAUUAAAAUCGGAAUAUGUUCAGCUUCCAUGCCUGGCCAUUCACUGCAGAUUAGUAACCCCGAGACCUCUGUCAGAUGACCUCAAAUCAAAGUUUGCUGAAUUUACAGUGUCCAAACUUCUAUAUUUACAAGCCUUGUCUGAAAACAAUAAACUGUAUGAUGUAAAAUUGUACACUCAAGAGGGCACCUGUAUAAAUGAUGUCUUGGUAGGCGAUUCUCCAAGCGCUAAGGCAGCAGUGGUAGCUCCUCAAGUCAAACCUAGAAUUCCAGAAUUUGACAUGCCAGUGGAUGGAGGAAAACUCCCUUUCCUUGUCACCCACAUUGAGAGUGUCCACUCCUUCUAUGCUCAUUACUACACAGAGGAGAGCUGUGAAAAGUUCAACAGUUUACUUCAGAAGAUGGACACUUACUGUGGAGGUAUUGCUGAGCCUCAUCUUCCUGCUGUAGGAGAGCAGGUGUGCUGCCAGUUCACUGAGACUGGUCAGUGGUUAAGAGCUGAAGUUCAAAAGAUUGAGGACUCCUCUUAUAAUGUCAAGUUUGUCGACUAUGGAAACGUUCACACCGUGCAGAAGGAUCACAUCCGCAAAGCCGACGACUCUUUUCUGUACUUGCCCAAACAGGCCAUUCACUGUAAAUUGACAAGCAUUGAGGACACAAGCUCUCCAUUGGUUCUAGAAAAAUUUGAUGCUGCUGUAAGAAAUACCCUGAGUUACAUCAAGGCUGUGAAGAAGGAGAGAGAUGUGCAUGAAGUGCAUAUCACAACUGAUCAGGAGGAUGUUAUAGAGCAGCUAAAAAAGGUGUCUACCUCUGGCGCCACCCCCUUUGUUCCUCGUAUCUUGCCAGUUAGCAGCACCAAAGAACCUUGUAUAUAUCAGGAAUUGGACAAUCUUCACUCUUUCUACUUGUUAUUAGUGGGUCAACCUUACCGGGAAGAGUUACCUGUCCUUGAAGAGAAAGUGAACAGUUUCUGUGAGAAAUCUAACUCACCCUACCAGCCAGUAAAGGAUGAAAUCGUUCUAGCCAAAUUCUCAGCAGAUGGAAAAUGGUACAGAGCCAAAGUUUUGGAGGUUUUAGGUGAAUCCGCCUUCAAAGUGUACUUUAUUGAUUAUGGGAAUGUGGAGUUCAACACCCCGGUGGACAUUAGACAAAUUGACCCCUCCCUCUUAUCUGUGCCAAAUUUUACAAUCCAUUGUAAGCUUGCCAAUAUUGGCCAGAAAGAAUCGGAGCAGGCAUUGCACCAGUUUAUUAACCUUGUCACUAACAGUCUCCUGCAGCUACAGGUCGUGGGGGUCGAAGGCGAGCUCCACGAAAUUAUCCUCUUUAAUGACAAAGGUGAAAAUGUCAAUGAGCAUGUGGGUCAGUCAGUAGCCCUCUCUGAACUCUCAGCUGGGUCACCUAAGGCUUCCAAAGGUGCUACAGCAGCAGGGAAUUCCCCUGGUAUAGCGGCAUUGGUAGGCCCCUCAGGGGAUGGAAAUAAAGGGGGUUCCCCGGGGGCAGGGACGAGCAUGAACAUUCGCCUGAGUGACAUGUCCAAGGCAGAACCUCAGAGUGAGGAAUUCCAGGUGAUCAUCACCUCCAUAGAUUCUCCUGAAGAGUUCUACUGUCAGCUGGCUGAUGAAGAGGCAGUGAGUAAACUGGUUGAUAUGAUGCAGAAGAUUUUGAUGUAUUGUGAGACAGAGCCUCAGGAUCCAAACCAUAAGUACAUCGUGGGGGAUAUGUGUUGUGCAUUCUACAGUCUCUGUGAAGCAGACGGUGGAUGGUAUAGGAGUGUUAUAACUGAGACGUUUCCUAAUGGAACCUACAGCCUGCAGUACGUGGACUUUGGAAACAGAGCCAUACUGCCCGCCAACCAGAUACGGCCAAUGAAACCAGACUUCAUGGAGAUUCCCAUACUAGCUUUUAAAUGCUCACUGCAUGGUGUUUCAGCCCCAGAAGACUUGUGGUCUAACAGUGCCAGUGAGAAACUCAAUCAGUUUGUAGACCAGGCCUUGUAUGCUCGUCUGAAGGAUCGGAGCGGGGACACUUUUGUUCUCUGGCUAAUUCGGCCUGGACCUGACGAUUCCAGCGAUGACAUUGAUGUAGCUGAAUACUUGAUUUCCUGUGGUGUUGCACUGCCCAAAUCCAGUGAAGAUGAUCAGGCGGCAGCCAUUGAACAACAGAUUGCUGCCCUGCAGGCCCAACUAAAGAAACUCGCACCCAAGAAGUAAAGAGGAAGGGUAGAGAAUUCUUGUUUGUUCUACUGAUGGUUAUAAAAACUUAACUCUUGUCUUUUCAAACAAACAAAAAAAAAAAAGGAAUAUGAAGAUAGUUAUCUUCAAAUUAACAUAAGAAUUACACUGAACUUGUUUGUCUAUUUGAAUCUUUACAAGAUUAUUAAGAAUAUGGCCCAUAGAAGGCCUAGAUAAACUUAUAAUGGAACAUUAUACCAUGUACAUAAAUAUAUAUAUAUGUGUCAAAGUACAUAUUUGACACAAUUUUCUUUAAAAGUUUGUCUUUUAAAGGUGUCUUCAUUGUGAUUUCUUGGACAGAGGAGUCCUGAGAAGUUUUUAUUGAGAUGGUUUCUUGUCAAAUACACUUUUUUGUAUUGUUUAACAUACAACUGAGGAAAAAAAAACAUUUUAAACUUUUCUGUUGCUGAGAAAAGGAAUCUACCAAUUAGCUCGUUUCAGCUUACAUGUAAAUAAUGUAAAUAUACAUUUUGUUCAUGACUUUCUGAACCAGUGUUAAAGUUUUUGAUGAAAUGUUAAAAAUGUUACUGGUAACAAAUGAAAAACAAGUCACAUGUAAGGUUUCCAUUGGUAUCAUAUGUACACAUAUUUUUUUUAUGAGUUAACACAUAUAUUUCCUUUAUUAAACCAUGUUAUGUUAAACUGUUAAAGUUUAUAUUCAAAUUUUGUAAUUACUUGGAUAUACAUAUAAUGUCAUUAACAAUGUAUUUUUGAGGGUUUUAAAAUACGUAAACCUUGACACAUUGUAUGAUGCAUUUUUCUUUUGAAACUUGCCAAUAAGCAAAGUUUUGAGAUUUGUUGCAGGAGCAUUGAAUAAAUGCCUUUUAUUGUGUACAGAG